AUGGUGUCAUCACUUGUUUCAUUGAUUUCCAAGAAAAUAAUCAAACCUUCUAUCCUCACUCCUCCUACUAAAAUACCUCACCAACUUUCAUUUGUUGAUCAAGUUAUGCAUAUGUCUAUUCCUAUGGCAUUUUUCUACCCAAAAAUUGGUAACUAUGAACCUACACAUGUGCCUCAAAUUCUUGAAAACUCACUCUCAAAACUUCUUUCAUUUUAUUAUCCUUAUGCUGGAAGAUUGAAUAAAGAUAAUGGUAAUUAUGUUGAUUGUAAUGAUAUGGGAGUUGAGUUAUCACAUGUUCAUGUACAUUGUCCCAUGUCUCAAAUUCUUAGACAACCAUACACCAAUAGUGAACAUGUUGUUUUUCCUGUUGAGCAACCUUAUGCCCACAUGAAUGAAGGAAAUUUAGCUACAACUCAAGUAAGCCAUUUUGAUUGCGGAGGUAUAGCAAUUGGUGGGUGCUUAUCACACAAGAUCGGAGAUGGUUGCACCACAAGCAAUUUCUUCAAUAAUUGGGGAAUUUUGACUCGUGAUAUUAAUGCAACACUUUCUCUCGCGCAUGAAUUAAAAGUUCAAAAUCCUACUCGCGUUGAAGUUGUGGGUGCACUUCUCUACAAAUGUGCUUUAGUUACCAGAGGAGUUAAUAACUCGGGUUCAUUUAAACCAUCUUCCCUCUUUUAAGUUGCAAAUAUGCGCCAUAGGCUCAAUCCACCUUUGUCUUUAUAACACAUGUGGAAAUAUAUUAUCUGGUUAUUUCGUGGAAACAAAUAACGAAAAAGACGAAAAUGGUAGGUGAAAUGAGGAAGGGGAAAUUGAAUCUUCAUCCUAAGGAAAGUGCCUUUGUCUUAGAGGUAGUUAAAUCAAUUAAAAAGGGGAAAACACCAUUUCAUAGCAAUGAUGAAGUUGAUAAUUAUUUUUGUACUAGUUUGAUUGAGUUUCCAUUAUAUAAAGUGGACUUUGGUUGGGGAAGGCCCAUUAGAGUGGGCAUGGGAGCUGGGCCUUUUGACAAGUUCUUCAUUUUAUUGGAUAACCAAAAGUGAAGGUGGAGUUGAAGUUAUAGUCAUGUUGGAUGAACAAAAUAUGGCUAUAUUUGAAAGAGAUUUAGAGCUUCUUGAGCUUGCUAGUCCAAUUACAAAUCUUUAAUUAUAAACUAUUUGAUUUUUGUGUUGUUUUAUGAAAUCUCCAAUGUGUG